CAGGUUGUAAAUGUAUAUAUAAAUAACUUUUGUCAAGAAAAAACAUUGAUUUAACCAAAGCUACUGUUCUCUUCAUCAGUUUUCUUGUUCUUAAUGAUUGCGAAGUGUCCUUCUACUUUGUGUUUGUCACCAUCUUUUUCUUAUGUUUUUAUGCAUACUAUGAAAACUGCAGUCAUGUGCAACUCAUAAACUUUGCCCAGUGUAACUCUUCUUAGUUACUCAGUAGCCUAUAAUGAGUGUGCUUUACAAGUAACUAAGUUUGAGUGUAUUCCAUGUCAUUUGAAAGAGGACACUAAAAAACUAUAUAUUGGAUAAAAAUUCACAUACAACCAAAUUGCUGGACCAUAGUGACCUUUGAUCUAAAGGAUAUCCUGUCUCCGCAAAAAUGUGCGUGUGAGCAUUUUGUAUCAACUGGAGAGAGAGGAAGGGUAAGAAAGUAGAGGUGACAAAGAGAGGACCUUAAAAAGGGUUUAUGUGGAAGAUUGAGAGAAGAAUUUACUUUGUUUUCCUUUUUGAAGAUUAAACCAUAGUAGGAAACCUGUUUAAUUCCAGUGAGAUGGAAGGUUCAAGUGCAGAAUCAGCACUAAGUGUAAGUGCGAACAGCAUCAGAAUCACUGAUUUGACUCAGGAUGGAGAAGUUAUGACGUUUGCCAUUACUUCCCAGAAAUUGAACAGCAGUGCAGGGGUGUGUGUUUUUCGGACACAUGAGGACUUUGAAUGGCUUCAACAGAGUCUUUUCUCACAGGAAAAUAUUCCUGGGCUUCAGGGAAUUAUAUUUCCGCCUUUGCCCCCUAAAGCCCUUCCAUUGCAGUCAAACAUGCAGACCAAAGCACUCAAACAACUUGGAUUCCUGGCUCUAGGAAAAGAUUGGCAGGGUUAUUGUAAGGCUUUGGAGUUUUAUCUCCAGCAGGUGGCAACACACCCAACUCUCUGCAAGUGCAAAGCACUGGACAGCUUUCUUAAUAACUCUGAGUCUCCUGGAAAACAGAGAGGCAGGAGAGGAAUCUUUAAUCGCCUUAGUCAGGCUGUGGAGGAGAUGAGGAAGGAAAGUCAUAAGGAUGUGGACAACUUCUUUCAGAACGAGAGAAAUAAAAACACAAAUAUUGCCACUUUGUCAAAGGUUGCCACAGAGAAAUUAAUCGAUGUUGUGAUGACAGAGCAAAAGCUUGCUUUGGCCUGUGGACAUUUCUCCACAUCUCUUCAUCUUUGUGUGAAUCAGGACGAUGCAGCUGCUGUAGCUUUCUCCAAGGUUUGUUUGAAGCUGUCUGAUAUUAUUGAGGCAGUAAAGCAAAACUUUGAGAAAGUUGCCAGUAACAACCUAAGCACUCUUGGUUUGGGUCUGGACCUGGAGUCUCGCUACCAAGAGGCAGAGAAAGAGAUGCUCUUCAGAAGAACCUGUAAACUGAUAGAGCUGGAAAAUGUUAAGAAGACUACAGAAAAAGCCAAGGCCAAUAAGAGAGAAGUGAUGGAAGCGUUUCAAAAAGCUGUUGAGAAAGAGUUUAACCUGAUUUCAUCUGUGGCUAAAGAAGAGAUUGAGCGCUUCCAUAGCUCCCGAGUGAAUGUGAUGAAGAACUUCCUGAUUGGCUGGUGUGAACAGCAGCUCAACACAGCGAAGGAGUGUGCUGAACUCUACUCUCAGCAUCUUGAAGCUUGCAGAAACAUGUAUUCAGAAUGAAUGAAACAAACAGGUGAUAGAUCAUAAGAAUAUUUUUGGUAAGACUGCUAAAAAUAGAAAAUAUGUAAUGAAAUGAUAAAAGUGCAAUGUAAAUUCGGUUAAUUCUCAUCUUUUUGAAAAAAAGAAACUGUCCUCUUUAAUCUGAUUGUGGCCUACAUAAUGGUUUUCAGCUUUUAAUGCUGAAAAGUCAUCUAACUUUAACUUCCAUUUCCACAAUUCAAAGUUAGACUAUAGAUUCAGAAGUGAACUUUGUCUUAUGUAAGCUUGCAGUAAAGCAAUAAAACCCAUGAUUGUUUCUA